CGGAAACACUGCGUCUGACGGCAUCAUCUGCGCACGCGCGGCCUUCUUUCUUCCUUUCCGACACUCGAGCGAAAGAGACAAGAUGGGCCAUCAGCAGCUCUAUUGGAGUCACCCCAGAAAAUUCGGACAGGGAUCCCGAUCCUGCCGGGUAUGCUCGAACAGACACGGUCUGAUCCGUAAAUACGGGCUCAACAUGUGCCGCCAGUGCUUCAGGCAGUACGCUAAAGACAUCGGCUUCGUCAAGCUGGACUAGAUGUGUUGCGCUGUCACAUCCUCAGAUGGGUCAAGUGAUCUCUGGAAGGCUGGCCAAGAUGGGAUAAUUCGGCACUGCAAAUAAAUCUUUUUGUUUUGUCCAA